AUGAACGCAAUGGUAGAGACCGAUUCAAAAAGGCUCAUCAUAAAGGGACUGGUCAGCUCUUUGCUGCCAUUCACGCUCAUUUACUUCUACUUCACGGUCAUAAAAGUGCUGUGCGUGGACACGCUCAGAUUCAACGGCACGUCACUGUACGUCUACCUGACAUACACCAUGUUGCUGUCUUACAUAAUCAUAAACUACGUACGCGUCCUAAACGACAACAAAGUCACGACAUUUGACCGGUUUCCCUUCACCUAUCACGAUAUAUCGCGUGAUAAGCGAAUCGACGCGAGCAUGGCCGUGAAGGAGCAGGUCAUCAACAAGCAGGUAAAGGACAAGAUUGUGUGCGCGCAUUGUUUUGUUUAUAAACCGCCACGAUCCACGCACUGCAAAGAAUGCGGGCGCUGCUUUCUGAAGCGUGUUUCGCACUGCUAUUUCAUGGAGACAUGUGUAGGAUUCCAUAACCAAAAGUUUUUCGUGCUUUUCUUGAUAUCACUGCUCGUACACAACGCGUUCAUAAUAAUUGCGUUCAUAAUUGCCUUGAAGACAGUCCCUCUGUACCGGAUGGUAGCACAGAAACAAAACCAGGAGUACAGGCUCGUAUUCAGGGAGCACUUCAUAAUAUCCGUUAUAGUGGCAUUUGUAGAAAUACCGCCUUCUCUGUGGUUUCUUGUAUUUCAUCUGUAUCUCAUACUCAGAAACGAAACUAACCUGGAAAGAAAGGCACUCAACUUGUACAGAAUGGGCAGCAACGCGUUGGAUUACAUCUUUACACAGGGACUGAUCACUUUAAACACACCGAACCUUAGCAGGAAUAUUGCGAAUCCAUACUUUCUUAAUUUUCGUAAGAAUUUUAGGGAGGUGUUUGGCGAUAACAUAUGGGAAUGGGCACUGCCAACGUACAGCACGAAAGGAAACGGCACAGAAUUUGAGAUGAAUUAUGCUGAAGAGGAGUUAAAAGCAAAAACACUCACACCUGCUAUACCUGAGCAGUUUGAGUAA